AUGACAAGUAGCAAUAGCAACAAAGAGACUUGUGAAAAGUUAUUAACAGAGUAUUUUGACGAAUAUACAUUACUCACUCAAUUGAGAAGUCAAUUAAACGAUGCCUUAAAGAAUGGUUACUUUUUAAUAACUAAAUCAAGAAAUACAAUGGGUUUGAAAUCACUUGGUCAAUUACAAUAUCCAGAGAAUAUGAAACCAACUAUUAAACUUGAAAUUCCAAAAGAUGGUUAUAAUAUUGAUAAUGUACAUAAUGAAAUAUCAUAUCAUGAAAUUCAAACUGAUAUAAAAAAGAACAAUAACAACAAUAAUAAUGGCAAUAAUAAUAAUAAUAAUAAUAAUAAUAAUGGUAAUAAUGAAACUGGUGAAAAUGAAUCGACGACUCGUAGAAGAACAAAAUUCAAUAAGGAACCAGAGAUUUCAGUGGAUCCAAAGACAGGUACCACUACAAUGGGAUCAAUUGAAAGAUUAUUAAGUUCAUCUUCAAUUGACCAAGAAAGUGACAGUGAUAGCGAUUCAGACGAUGAAAAUAAUGACGACAAUAGCGAUGACAAUGAAAAUAAUAAUGGUAAUGAAAAUAGUGGCGAAAAGAAAUCUACUCCACGUAAACCAAAGAGGCGAACAACCGAGUUAAAGGCCAAUCCAAUCUUUUGGUUUGGAUAUUUAACUCCUGCCACUUUAAAACAAUCACAACUUUAUUUUAAGCAAGUAGUAAUAGGAUUAGUGCUAGGAUUAGCAUCAGCAUCAGAUCCCAGAUGUCUAUCGCAAUUGGCACCAUAUUUUAAUGGACAGAAACAAAGAGUACAAAUGACAGUAGUAAUGCCAAAUGGAAAUGUAGUGUUUACGCGUAACGACCUCUACUACUUUCCUCAGGGUCACUUCUUGACCAAUGGGGAUUCAUUCAGUGUGGUAACCAGUGACAAUGAAGACUGUGCAAACUCAAAGGUUCAGCCCUUUGCAGAGACAAAGCCCUCAAUUUCCUUUUACGACCGAAGCGGUAUCGUAUUGAAUCAAGAUGGUACAUGCAGUAUGACACCACUCUGGAAAGACCCAUCAUCGCCAGGAUUCAACCUUGAACUUCAAUGUUCUCCAAGUGGAAUGAAUUAUGCUUGGUCAAAUGACCAUUUCUUUGCUUUUAACUUUAAGGCUGCUGGUUCAAAAACUGGAGAAGCUUGUUAA